GCCCUUCUCUCUUCCAUCAUCACCACAAUCUCAACAUCAUCCCACGACCAAUUCGACUGCAAUCAUCCAAUCCGUCUCUCUCCCCAAUCCACGCUCCAUCAGUACUCACCUCUCCCGCGCUCUCUACCUCUCUCCAAUUCCCACUCUCACCAUGACUCGCUCGCACAAGUACAACGACCGUGACCACGCCGGCCUGGCCGACGGUACUGCCGCGCCCCAGGAACACCUCCCUCGCUACUUUGCCAAGCACGGCCACGAAGGCGUCGACCCUAAGAAGAUGAAGAAGAGUGGAGGUGGAAAGGCCAACUGGGGCAAUGCUGGCGAUGAGAUCGUUGAUGAGGACUUCUCAUUUGCCAAUCCCCGUCGCCGCUCCAACAGCACUGGCUACGCCAACCAGCUCCUGUCAUUCCGGACCAAGUUUGACGUGAAUGAGCCCGAGCCCGUCUUUGAGGAGAGCCUCCACGGCCCUACCGAAGACGAUGCCGGGCGCGGAGCUCGCGAAGACGGAGACAUCGGAGAGUGACCGAUCCUCCGAGGAUGGAAAAUCCU